GAUACCAAAAUUUUCAAAAUUCGUCUACCAAAGAGGGGUAAUUUGUAAAUUUUUGUAAUUCAAGAGUGUUUUUUGAUAGUAAGGUAGGUAUAAUCCAAUUUGUCCUUUGAAUAAUUAAAUUAGAAUGUCAGUGGCACUGUUGUAAUGCCACAAGAGUCAAAGACGCGGGAAAGAGAAACGUUGACGAAGGUUGACCAAGUGGAUAUUUACCGGCCGAUCCGGUCAUCUUCAUCAAGCCAUCCCACAGUUCUAUUGUCUACAACUACAAGCAAAGGUAGAGUGAAAACGUAAAAAGAGCAGUUACUUUUAUUAGUAAAGUUCCUUGGCCGAGUGGGUGGGGUUACUCUUGUCCGACCUGGACUAGGGUUUUUGUGAAGAGGGACGAUCUCAGAGUUGUUCCCCAUAUCUUGGUUGAAUUCGAAGUUUAUUUGUGUUUCCAUCAUCAUCAAUUGAGGAUUUUCUGAUUAAUUAGCUGAUCGUUAGAUGGGAACAUCUUCUGGCUCUCAUUUUCAUCACCAACCUUCACCAAAAAUGCUGCCUCCACGCCAACAACCACGACCUGGUGGAUUGCAGACAUCCCUAUCCCUAGUUUCACUAGAUGCUUCUGAGUCUCCCAUUCUUCAGGAGCGUGGUUCAAAUUCCGACCAGGUUCGUGAGUCCCCAUCAGAGAGUGCCAGUUCACAGGAAACCUGGCCCACUGCUGAUGCUUUGAUGGCCAAAAAAAUGGAGAAGGAGAAGGAGAAGGAAGGGGAGAAUGGUUUUGCUGAACAUUCUGUCGUUCGCCAUAUCUCAAGCUCAGAUAAGAUGUCUCUUCGAGAUGUGGCCAGAGAAAGAGUAGAUAUAAUAUCUGAACGAGUGCAACAUCUUCCAGAUGAGUUUCUUGAAAAUCUCAAGAAUGAGCUUCGGGUUAUUCUUGAGGGAACAGGUGGUUCUCAGCAUAGAGAGGAGUUCCUGUCUCUGCAGAAGCUAGUUCAGAGUAGGGGUGAUUUGACUGACAAAACACUGGUUAGAGCGCACCGUAUUCAGCUGGAGAUUCUAGUUGCGAUCAAGACUGGAAUCCAGGCAUUUCUGCAUCCAAAUGUCAGUCUCUCCCAAGCUUCUCUUCUUGAGGUUUUUUUGUACAAGAGGUGCAGAAAUAUAGCGUGUGGAAGUCCGCUUCCCGCAGAGGACUGUACCUGUGAGAUUUGCUCUAUGAGAAAUGGUUUCUGCAAUCUUUGCAUGUGUGUGAUUUGUAACAAGUUUGAUUUUGAGGUGAACACAUGCCGGUGGAUUGGUUGUGAUUUAUGUUCACAUUGGACCCACACGGAUUGUGCUAUUCGCAAUGGACAGAUUGGCAUGGGCCCUUCUGUUAAUACUGCAGCAAACAGGGUAGAUAUGCUUUUCAGGUGCCGAGCUUGCAGUAGAACAUCCGAGUUACUAGGGUGGGUUAAAGAUGUUUUUCAACACUGUGCACCAAACUGGGAUAGGGAGGCUCUGAUAAGAGAACUUGACUACGUGAGUAGAAUUUUCCGCGGGAGUGAAGAUCCCAGAGGGAGGAAACUGUUCUGGAAGUGUGAGGAGCUCAUGGAAAAACUGAAAGGCGGAGCAGCAGAACCUUUUGCUUGUAAAGUAAUAUUGCUGUUCUUUCAAGAGCUGGAGGUGGACCCUUCAAAGAAUCUAGAAACUGAUGAAAGUGGACGGAUGAUAGCCCCCCAGGAGGCAUGCAACCGGAUUGCUGAUGUAGUGCAGGAAGCCAUUAGAAAAAUGGAAAUGGUGGCAGAGGAGAAGAUGCAGAUGGUAAAGAAAGCCCGCUUAGCUCUUGAUGCUUGUGAUCAGGAGCUCAAGGAUAAGGUUAGGGAAGUGGCGGCACUAAAUAUGGAGAGGCAGAUGAAGAAGCAACAAGUUGACGAGCUUGAAAGCAUUGUAAGACUUAAGCAGGCCGAGGCUGAUAUGUUCGAGCUCAAGGCCAAUGAGGCUAGGCGAGAAGCUGAAAGGCUCCAAAGGAUUGCACUUGCCAAAUCAGAGAAGUCAGAGGAGGAUUAUGCCAGCAGGUAUCUCAAACUUCGUUUGAACGAGGCUGAGGCUGAGAAGCAAUACCUUUUUGAGAAGAUUAAGCUUCAGGAGAGUUCGAGGAUGUCACAGAGCAGUGCUGGAGGAAAUGAGACUUCCCAGAUGAUGAUGUAUAACAAGAUCCAGGACCUGCUCAAGAAUGUUUAUAAUGUACCUUCAAAGUCAGAUGGUCAGCCAAAAUAGACAGCCAUUAUCUUGGCUCAUUUUCUUGAGUAAGUUUUUUUGUUCAUUAUUAGUUGUUUGUAUGUAUGAAAUGUCUAAAAUUGUUGCAGCACUGUGAAAUAUUAUCCAUCUUGUUUGAACUUCGUAAUGACAUUAUUUCUUGGUGAAGAACUUAUAUGACAUUAUUUGCCUUGAAAAGAAAAGGCAAAUAGAAUUAGCAAGUCUUAACCUUCUGCAAAUCUAUAUAUUUCUAACUGUAUUCUUGCUUGUUUGUGGCGAACCUCUUCUUUAAUAUGGAUUAAUCCAA